AUGAAGGACAUGUCAUUUCAACAAACACCGAUCCACACCACUUUGCCCAAGCACACGAUCCAAGUGGGCGCGCACACACAGUUGGCGCUUCUGCAGCGCCUCAACGGUGAGACUAUGUGGUGGGCAGAGUCCCAGGCCUCCAUAGCUCCAGUCCGACAAACAACGCCAGUCGAAGAAUGGGCGCCUGCAUGGUGGAAUGGUGUAUCUGACAUGGGGGCUCUACCAGCCGAUGCUCUACCCAACCAGGAAGUCAAACCGAACAAUGACUGGUCGGGAUCUGCCUGGAACUGGCCUCAAGGCAUUGACAUGAAGUCCCAGAUGGAGGCAUCACUACCAGCGGGAUUGCAUCCACAAGCUGCGCAGGAUAUGGGGCAAUUCGAGGUACAAGCAGAUUCCAUGUGGCGGCCUUGGGAGCAGGACCAGAGCAAUGGCCAAGAUGAUCCAAGCUUGAAGACAGGCCUGCAAAUGGGGACAGAAAGCGAGCCGCAGGAUCACGCCAGCGACGAUCUUGAUCCAGACAAGGGAUUAGCCGCAGAGAUGACGUCUCAGGUUGCGCUUUUCCUCGCUGGCGGUGAUUUCGAGGGAGUGCGCUUGCUUCAACAAUUUGCGGAGGAAAGUGAUGAGGAUGAUGUUAGUGCUCUCCCUGAGCCAGCGCUUGGCGAGGGCACAAACAGUGAGGCAGCUGUUGCAGCAGCAGGGUCAAUGACCAUUGAUGCACCUCCAUUUGUCCCCGCAGCGCUUCAAACGAGCCCCUUGUCCGCAAGGCGCCGGCGGCCUCCAAUGCAAGAACUGAAUUACGUCUCGAUGAGAUCUUGCCGAAGGAAGCAAACCCCGUCCACACGCCAUGGUCAAGAUCGGAGGCUUUGCAGAGAUUUGGGACCCGUUCUGCAGUGCUUGGAAAAAGGAAUCCGUCUAUUGAAAGACGAAAAGCUCGAGCUGAAUAAGACUUUGCAAUUGUUGAUCCGUCACAAGCGACUCUUGGAUUGGGUGAAUCAAGAUCAUGUUUCGGACGAUGGAUGCCAAUGGAGCAGACGUUUGAAGGCAUUGCAAAGCUCAAAGUGGAAAGAACUGAGAAGUCCUGGCACUACGAAAUCGGAAUUUCUUACAGACAGUGUAGGGGGCUUGGACACCAGGCUGGAACAUGCCAAGAAGCUGAUAACUGCAUCAAAGUUGAAAGCGCCUGCCCCAGCGCAGUUCCACUGUCACAACUGCCCUCGGUCUUUGCGUCGUCAUCCGGAAUGCAAAUAUCGUUAUUUUGAAGACGAGCGUGACCAUGACAGCUUCCUGACGGAAGCGGUCUGCGGCAACCGACUUCCAGUGCCUAAUUGCUUUCUGAACCAAAAAGAAACUGCUUCGGACAGCUUUGGCGGGCGCCUGCGACACAGCAAGGCUGCCCCGUUCGAGGCCCACAUGCCAGAUGGUUCCAGCCUGCGCAUUCUUUGCCUGCGUUUGUGUUUGUACAGGACCGAAGCCGCAGCAGAGAUAGAAAGGAUAGCCGUCCCCGGAGUCGCGACAGUCGUCGCCUUGAGGCCAAAGAUGAAGACCAUGGUGUUGACACCAUCAAGAUUACCGACGAUGAUGCAGCUUUCAUUCUCGGCAAAGGUGGCAAGACUAAGGAGAAACUUGCAAGAGUUUCGCGUGCCGAGAUUGAAUUGUUUGAAAGAGACCUGGUAUUGCGAGGGCGUCAUGGCGCAGCGAACUGGUCCGGUCAAUGUUACCGAGGAAUAUGACGAUGAUGACCUCACUAUGUUGAAUGUUCCACAAGAAGCUGUUGGUUUCGUGACAGGCAGAGCAGGAAAUUUCUUGAGGAGCAUUGAAGAGGAGUGGAGCACGUUGAUGUUCUUCUGUGAAGUAGAUGGUUCUCGUGGCCGCGGACGUGAGCACGAAAAGCUUGCCAUCUUCGGAGAUGUUCGCGGGCGCCGAGGUUCUGAACUGAAGGUGCUUUCUGCGGUGGAGACCAAAGUGCCAGGUUACUUGGAGAAGAUCAGGCACGAAGUCCUUGACAGGGACAAGGGGAAGGAUGAGACUGGGACUUGGGGCACGGAUUCAAUGACCUUCAAGGAUGAUGAGCUGUCCUAUGCCUUGGGAAAGCAGGGUGGUACCCGCAAAAAGCUUGAGCGCUCUUCCCAGGCAGUUGUUCAGUACGUCGGAAACCUAGCACUCUUUUCCGGCACUAAAAGCGAACGGCGGCGUGCGAAAGAAUACAUGCGCUGGCUUUUUGACCAACUCGCUGGUCCUGUUUAUGUGGAAGGCUGGGAAGACCGGGAUGAUUGCACGGUGGUGGAGGUUCCCAGUGAGUGCAUUGGAUACAUUACGGGAGCUCGCCGUGCCACUUUGGGUACUAUGGAGGAGGAGUGGGGGACACUGAUGUUCUUUAUGAACAAGCAGGAGGAUGCACGUCGUGGUGGCGGCAAUCGCAGCGAAAAGCUUGCAAUCUUUGGUCCAGAUAGACCCCGUCGAGGUGCCGAGCUGAAGGUCAUGAGUGGAGUGGAGACAAAGUCCCCUGGAUAUUACACCAGAGGAGUCCGAGAAAAGGUAUCAGAUCGGAAAGGCUUUGACACAGAUCGCAUUGUUUUCCGUGACGAUGAGCUGAGCUAUGCCUUGGGCAAGGAGGGUGCAACUCGGAAGAAACUGGAGGUGGCAUCAGGUGAAGCUUGCCAGCCUACCAAUGGUAUAUGGAGCUUGAUGAUGCUUUAUGAUCUUUAUGUGACAUUAGCAAGGGCUGCAACUGAGCUGUCUACACAAAGUUCAGUGAUCCACGAGCGUCCGGCUGGAAUCUUGACGUUGGAAGUGUGGUGUAGCGGGUGUAGGUUGUAG